AAUUAGAAAGAAUACUGAGGAGGGAGAUAAACUACUGAGGAAGCAGGCAGAUCAGCAACUGUAUAUGAAACUAAAGAGGACCUGUGAAAUCCUUCAUUAAGAAGCUCUACAAGGGAAGAAAGGAUGUCCCCAGUCUAAUCCUGGCUCAUUAGGAGGAACAUGUCAUUUCAUUCUGGAUGAAGCAGCGGGUCCCAGAGCCUAGUUUGUCUUCAUAAGCGCAUUAAGAAUUGAUUGAAAAAUGGACAAUGGUUUGCUCGUCGACCGCUGUGGCUCUAAUGCCGCCAUAAAGAUCUCAGGAGCAUACGGGGGACAAGAGAUGUAUCCUGGAUGGCAGCCAAGUCCUAUGUAAAUUGUGUGCAGUGAUAUGGCAAAUGUCACAGAGGAGAGUGUGGACAGCAACUUUACAAACUGUACAAUUGACCACACUAUACACCAGACUCUGUUCCCGGUGGUGUACGUUGUUGUACUUAGUAUUGGUCUUCCAGCAAACUGCUUCUCUUUGUACUACGGCUAUUUACAAGUCAAGGCCAAGAACGAGCUUGGCAUAUACCUGUGCAAUUUAACAGUGGCUGACCUGCUUUAUAUUUUCUCUCUGCCAUUUUGGCUUCAGUAUGUUCUACAGCAUGACAACUGGACUUACAAUGAAGUCAUGUGCAGGAUCUGUGGUGUACUCCUUUAUGAGAACAUCUACAUUAGCAUUGGAUUUCUUUGUUGUAUCUCCAUUGACCGGUACCUUGCCCUGGUCCACCCUUUCAGGUUCCUUCAACUGAGGACAAUGAAGGCUGCUCUUGUGGUUAGUUCGAUAAUUUGGCUCAAGGAAAUAAUGACCAGCUACUUUUUCUUCACCCACGGAGAAUUCAGUAAGGACCCGGAUAGCCACGUUGUGUGCUUUGAACAUUAUCCCAUGAAAGAAUGGGAACACAGUAUCAAUUACUAUCGAUUCUUUGCUGGGUUUCUUCUCCCCAUUUUCCUACUGCUAUUUUCUUACUGUCACAUUUUCAAAGUGGUUCGAGAGAGCCAAGGAACACAAACAAAGAAAAAAAUUCAAAUCAAACAUUUAGUUCUUAGCACUGUUCUCAUAUUCAUGGUCUGCUUUGGUCCAUAUCACAUACUGGUGGUUAUUCGAAGCUUGUUUGAGAAAGACUGUGUAUUUGCUGCAAGGAUUUUUAAUGUCUACCAUUUCUCCCUGCUUCUCACAAGCCUUAACUGUGUGGCCGACCCAGCAUUGUAUUGUUUCGCCAGUGAGAACACUUACAAAGACUUUAUGAAGUUUAAAGAAUCUUGCUUAGCAUUUUUAAGAUGUCAAAAGGUAACAAACCGAUCCUAUGAGUUAAAGCGUGUGGAAACAAACAGUGAAGAGAAUUGCAAAGCAAAGAAUAUGACUGGCAGGGAUGAGACAUCUUUAACAUCUGCGCUCUGUGACCACAAGGUAUCUGUUAUUGAAUCAACAGGAAAUGGAACUGAUUAAUAUCCAAAUCUAUAUCCCUGUCAAAAAGAACUCUGGGAGUUUUAUUGCA